CUUCUGUACGCCAUACGCCGCGCCGGUACGCCAUAAGGCCUUCACACAUAAAAUCCCGUAAGUACGUAAGACGUAAGCGUAAGACGUAAAACGUAAAGCCCAUCACACACAAAUCGCGUAAAACGUAAAGUCCAAUCAAUAGCAAACGCGGAAAAGUUUCCUCCCAUUUAUGAAGAUUUUUAAUCUAGAAGUGUCAGUUUAGUGUUAUGUUAUAGCUGUACGUACAUAUUCGAUCAAACAGUUAUCUGUGGAAGUAAAGAAGUGCAAGAGGAUGAGAACAGAGGAUGCAAUAUUUGCAGGACUAUAUGGUUGCGACCAUGGGUUUGGUUAUAUUACGAAGGAAGAAAUCACAAAGGUGGUUGAAUCGUCAAUGGUGGGUCCGACCAAUUAAUUGUAUGCGCCCUAAUCAAGGCGAUUUUUGUCAUUUACUUCAAGAAAUAAAAGAUGAUCCACAAAUGUUCUUCCGAUAUACAAGGAUGACAGUUCCAAUUUUCAAUAAAUUAUUAGAAAUAAUGAGACCAUCCUUAAUUAAAAGAAGUCACCGAGCUUUGGUUCCGGAGGAACGUCUCGCUAUAACACUUAGGUAUCUUGCAACGGGAGAUCAAAUACUAUCAAUUGCAUUGGCUUAUCGUAUUAGAGAAUCAACAGCAUAUAGCAUCAUAAAAGAAACGUGUAACGUCUUCAUAAAAAUAUUAGCACCUGAUUAUCUUCGACCUCCAAUGCAAGAAGAAUGGAUCAAUAUCUGUCAUGGCUUUUGGAGAGAUUGGAACUUUCCAAAUUGUGUAGGAGCUGUAGAUGGAAAACACAUCCAUAUACAAGCACCACCAAACUCGGGGAGCUUAUACUAUAAUUAUAAAAAGACUUUUAGUAUCGUAUUGAUGGCUGCGUGUGACCAGAAUUAUAAAUUUACCUUGGUGGACGUUGGUGCCUAUGGUAGUAAUAAUAACGACGCAGGAGUGUUUUCUCGAUCGGAAUUUGAAAAAGCUCUACAUAAUCAAGGACUUGACUUACCGCAAGGUGUUGCAAAAUUACCUGGAAGCGAGACAGAAACACCCUGCUUUUUUGUCGGAGACGACGCUUUUCAAUUAACAAGGAAUAUGAUGAAGCCCUAUGCUGGUCGGAAUUUAAGUCAAAUUCAGAAAAUUUUUAAUUACCGAUUGUCCCGAGCCAGAAGGACAAUUGAAAAUGCGUUUGGAAUCCUUGCUUCACGAUGGCGAGUCUUCAGGAAACCGAUUUGCAUGAAUCCUGUAACUGUUGAUAAGAUUGUCAUGGCAUGUGUUUGCCUUCAUAAUUUCUUAAAAACAGAAAACGAUGCAUUGCCAGUACGACAUCGCUUAUAUUGUCCACCUAACUUUGUGGACUCGAAAUCUGAAAACGGCGACGUUGUUCCUGGAGAAUAGCGAAAUGAAGACGGUGAAGGUUUUCAAGGUCUUAAACCAUCAAGUGCCCAUCGCGCUACAAGAGAAGCAUAUAAUCAAAGGGAUUCAUUAGCCAAUUUCUUGUUG